CCUUCUUUACCUUUUCUCAACAUGAAGUUCGGCCUUACGCUCAGAACUUCGCUCAAUCCAGAAUGGACAGCCAACUAUGUUGCGUACGAUGAUCUGAAACACUUUCUGAAGAAUGAGGCUGCAAAUCGAGAGUGGACUGAAGACAAUGAAUCCAAGUUUAUUGAGCGACUUGAACGCGAGCUUGAGAAAGUGUAUGCUUUCCAGCGUACCAAGCUAGACGAAAUCCAGGGUCGUAUUACAGCAGAAACUCAGGAGGUGGAGGCUCUGUGUCAGAACAGCGAGGCCGAGGAACACGAAUUCACAGAAUCUGAAAUUGAGUUGGGACACAUCAUAGCUGAUGUACACGAUCUGGCAAAAUUCACUCGUCUGAACUAUACUGGCUUCCUCAAGAUCAUAAAGAAACACGAUAAAAUGACCGGCUGGUCACUCAAACCAAUGUUUGGUGUACGUCUAAACGCUAAACCUUUCUACGCUGAAAACUACGAUGCUCUAAUUGUCCGUAUAUCCAGUCUUUACGACCGAGUCCGUACCCGAGGAAAGGAGCGAGGUGGUGAUGCUUCUGCUGGUGGAAAGCAAGCUGCCUUUGUUAGAAACACUACAAAAUACUGGGUUCAUCCUGACAACAUCACAGAACUCAAGCUAAUCAUUCUCAAACAUCUUCCUGUACUUGUGUUCAACCCCAACAAAGAGUUCUCCCAAGAGGAUUCCGCAAUCACUAGUAUCUACUAUGAUAAUGAUGAGUUUGAUCUAUACACCGGACGUCUCGAGAAGACCGAGGGUGCUGAGGCUAUUCGUAUGCGAUGGUACGGCGGAAUGAGUAGCAAUACGAUUUUUGUCGAGCGCAAAACCCAUCGCGAAGAUUGGACGGGCGAAAAGAGCGUCAAGGCAAGAUUCCCGAUCAAGGAAAAAUACCUCAACGCUUUCCUCAGCGGCAAUUACACCACCGACGAGUUGUUUGCCAAAGCCAAAGAGCAGGGUCGUAAAUCCGAAAAAGAAAUCGAAGAGCUCGAGCAAUUGGCCCAAGAGGUCCAAUACCGCGUGCUGACAAAAAGACUCCAUCCCAUGAUGCGUACCUUUUACAACCGCACAGCAUUCCAACUUCCCGGUGAUGCCCGUGUCCGUAUUUCGCUCGACACCGAACUCAGCCUGAUUCGCGAAGAUAAUGAUGGCCAGGUGCGUUCAGGAGACAAUUGGCGUCGUAAUGACAUUGGUGUCGACUGGCCUUUUAAGCAGCUCCCGGAUAAGGACAUUUGCCGCUUUCCCUAUGCUGUCCUGGAAGUUAAGCUCCAGACUCACGUUGGGCAAGAACCCCCUGCAUGGGUUGUUGAACUAGUCAACUCACAUCUCGUAGAGUCUGUUCCCAAGUUCUCAAAGUUUAUUCAUGGUUGUGCCACACUUUUGGAAGACAAGAUCUACCAACUGCCCUUCUGGCUUCCUCAAAUGGAUAUCGAUAUCCGCAAACCUCCCAACCCUUCUUUUGGCCUCUUCCGUCCCGAAGCCAUCGAGAGCAGUAGCAUCAGUAGCGGCG